AUGGAGGCGAGGGAUGAGAUUCUGGUGAAGAUAAACAAGAAGAAGUUGAUGGUGAAGAUAAACAAGAAAAAGCUGAUGGUGAAUAUAAACAACAAGAAGCUGAUGGUGAAGAAUCUAGUAGUGAAGAUUCUGAUGGUGGUGAUUAACCAGAUGAAGCAGUCGAUAGUGGUGGCUUUUAUGGAGGAAAUCCGACAGCAAGAAAUGCGUUCUGGGAAUACUGAGGUUGCAGUAGAGGUAAAUAAUGCUGACAUGAAUGGUACUGAUGGUGAAGCUGUGGCUGUAGAUACAAAUGAAGAAUGGGAAACUUUCAACCAUGAGGAAACAGUCAGAUCAAGAAAGACAUAUUCGAAAGAGAAGCCUCCCUAUCUGUGGUUAAUGCAAACGUUUAAUAAUGGAGAAGAGUUCAAAGAUCAGCUUCUGCGGUAUGUCUUGAAAACAAACUAUGAUGUGAUAUUGGAUAAAUGGGAGCGUAAUAGGCUUGCAGCUAUUUGCACGAAUGAGAAGUGUGAUUGGAGAAUUUACUGCUCUUUUGAGAAGCCUAAACAUAAGUGGAUGGUGAAGACUUAUGUUGAUAAGCACAACCACGGCAAAAAUUCGAAAGCUAGAAUGUUGAAGCAAGGAGUUGUAGGAAGUUUUGAAGUGGUUUGCCAGAAAGCACGAAGAAUUGCUUUGAAUUUCGUGAUAGAAACUCAGCAGGAUCAGUUUGCAAUGCUCUGGGAUUAUCAGAAAGAACUCCAUCGGUCUAAUGAAAGGAUACAUGCAGAGAUUACCACCAUUCCUCUACAUGACGGUAAGCAAAGGUUUGAUAAGUUUUAUGUAUGCUUUGAGCCGCUUAGAGAGACAUGGAAAAGGGUUUGCCGGCCUAUUAUUGGUCUCGAUGGAGCAUUUCUGAAAUGGGAAUUGAAAAGAGAGAUUUUGGCAGCUGUUGGAAAGGAUGCGGAUAAUAGGAUCUAUCCCAUAGCCUGGGCUAUAGUUAAAGUGGAGGAUAAUGAAUUAUGGAGUUGGUUUGUUGAUAAGUUGAAGGAUGAUUUGGAUUUAGGUUUCGGCAAUGGGUUUACCAUUAUCUCGGACAUGCAAAAAAGGUUGAUUAAUGCUGUGUCAGAUGUCUUACCUAAUGCAGAGCACCGCCAUUGUGCUAGACAUAUUUCUGCGAACUGGAAGAAAGUGUAUGGUGAGUAUGAGCAUGAGCAGUAUUUUUGGCCAAUUGUAUUUAGUGGGUCUGAAGGAGAUUAUCGGUACAACAUGGCCGCUUUGGAGAAGUACGAUAAAUUUUCACAUGAAGACUUGAAAAAAACAGAACCGAAGACUUGGUGUAGAGCUUUCUUUAGUAGUCAUGCUGCUUGUGAGGAUGUUUGCAACAACUUAUCAGAGAGCUUCAACAGAACAAUCAAAGAUGCAAGGAAGAUGCCUGUGAUUGACAUGCUAGAGGAAAUAAGGAGGCAGACCAUGAAGCGGAUAUCAAAAAGGGGUGAGAAAGCAAGGAAGUGUAUAACAAGGUUUGCACCACAUGCAAUGGAGAUAUUUGAGGCAAACUGUAAGAUGAGUAAGUUAUGCUCGGUGAUAAAAAGUGGUGAGAACUUGUUUGAGGUUGUCGAAGGCCGUGGAAGCUUCACUGUGAAUCUCUUAUAUAGGCAUUGUGCUUCUAACCAGUGGAACAUCACAAGAAUACCUUGUCCUCAUGCCAUUCACGUGAUAACUGAAAACAACCAUGAUCCAGAAGACUACAUAGAUAAAUACUUCUUGACAACUAAUUGGAUAGCAACCUACAUGGACAACACCGCACCAGUGAAUGGAGAUAGGUUGUGGGAGAGGACAGGAAAAGAACCUAUCCAAAUACCAGACAAAAGGAAAUCAAGAGAGCGUCCAAAGAAGUAUGCUAGGAUAUUGGAGGCACAUAAGUCAUCAUCUCAGCCUCAUAAAGUCAUUCGGCAUGGAAGAACGAAUGAUGAUCCAUGGAGUAUCCAGAAUGCACCUAAAAGGUAUAAAGCAGCUCAAAGUCAGUCAACACCAACUGUUUCUGCAAGCCAAUCUACUCCAAAUGAUCCAUCUGCAACCGCUCCACCUGCAGUUGCUGGUCCAAGUGCACCAAAACGAGGCAGUGGUCAUCCUCGGGGUAGUCGUAACAAGGUUCAUGACAAUGGUGGUGGCAGAGGUCGUGGAUCCCAGCCUCCUUCUCCUAGACCCCCAAUCUGUUUUAUGUCUCCUUGGAAUAACCAAGUAUUCGAUGUAUGGCACCCUGACAACCCUUAG